UGCCACUGCAUUUCCUGUUGGCAGCAGAGAGCAAAGCGAAAACACAAGCCGCAGCGGGCAGCGGCCCAGGCAGAAAUAGCUCCCCCGAUUCCCCGGAGCCUUCCCGGGCCGCGGCCCCGGCUCCCGCACCGCGAGCGACCUGAUCCCAGCCGUGGGCAGAGGCCGCGCGGAGACCACACGCCCGCACGGCCCCGAACGCGGCGGACGGUUGCGCGGCGCCCGGACUGCUCAGCGCCCCCUGCGGCCCGCGCCGGCCCUCGGGGGCGGGGGGGCGGCGAGCGCGGCGGACGGCGAUGCUGGGGCGCGCUCCGCUCCGCGUGGCCCGCGGGGCCCUGGGCGCCUGGCUGCGGGGCGGCCUCUGGAUCUGGGCGCUGGGUGGCCUCUGCGCCCUGGGGGCGGCGGCGCUGGGGGCGGGGGCCGGGGGCGCCCCGGGGACCCCGGGGACCCCGCGCCCGUGCCAGGCGCCGCAGCAGUGGGAGGGCCGCCAGGUUCUGUACCGGCAGAGCACCGGGCGCAACAGCCGCGCCCUCCUCUCCUACGACGGGCUCAACCAGCGCGUGCGGGUGCUGGACGAGCGCAAGGCGCUGAUCCCCUGCAAGAGAUUAUUUGAAUAUAUUUUGCUCUAUAAGGAUGGAGUGAUGUUUCAGAUUGAACAAGCCACCAAGCAGUGCUCCAAGAUCACCCUGACGGACCCCUGGGACCCUCUAGACAUUCCUCAGAAUGCCACCUUUGAGGACCAGUACUCCAUAGGGGGACCCCAGGAACAGAUCACUGUCCAGGAGUGGUCCGACAGAAAGUCAGCUAGAUCAUAUGAAACCUGGAUUGGCAUUUAUACAGUCAAGGAUUGCUAUCCCGUCCAGGAAACCUUCACCAAAAAUUACAGUGUGAUAUUGUCCACGCGGUUUUUUGACAUACAGCUGGGUAUUAAAGACCCCUCGGUGUUUACCCCACCGAGCACCUGCCAGAUGGCCCACCCGGAAAGGAUGGGUGAGGAUUGCUCCUGGUAAGCCCGUGAGCACAGAAGUGGUGGCCUCCGACGUCAUCCCCACCUCGAGAGGGAUUUGAGGCUUUUGAGAAACGAGAACCUUCACUGGAGAUAAAUGUCAUCAUUGUAGGAAGAUGCACAUCGAUAGGGGGUUCUUUGUAUAUACGAUUUUUUUGACGAUUCAAGCUUUGUUUACAGAAGGGAGUGGACUGGAGAAUGUGUGGUGACAGGAAUGGGACUCUAGAGAGGGCAACCCUGGGGGUUUCAGACAGGUGCACAGCCUGUGCGGGCGCUGUGUGCUUCUGCGUGUGCAGGUGCAUUUAAGUGUGCUCUCUGCCUGUGCAGGUGUAUCCAAGCGCACUGGCGUGCACGGGCGGGGGUCAGCGGGAGCACUUUGCCUUGGCAGGGAGGAGUGUUUCACUACUGACUUGACUGAGGACUGCUGGACUGCUGCCACGUGGUGGUAAUAAAAUGCAGGACGAUUUUGGUCAGCUUUACUAUAAAUUUUUAUGUGCUCUACAGAUAACAGCUCCUUUAUUGCCCGCACCGGGGUGGUGACUGCUCCCCCAGCCCCGCCUCCUGCUCCCAUGGCCACUGACAAAGUGAUUCCUUAAAAUCCCUUCCAGACGUAAGGGCUUUAUGGCAUGACCCCACUGAUGGAAAUUUGGGGAGGAAAUGAGAGGCCGUAAUGCAAAGUAAUGAUUCCUCCAAGAGACACUGUAAGCAAGAGGGUUUGGAAAUCUUAACGUCUGUACCUGGGUAAGCAUGAGCCACGUAUGCUUCCUUUUUUUUCUAUGCAAGAGUAUUGAUAUGUAUGUGCCGAAUCGCCACAUAUUUGUCAGGGGACCUAGAAAGAUGGAUAGUAUUCUCCAAAUAGCAUCGAAUUGGAAGUCAGGAGACUGCUGUCUUCAAAAUCCAGGAGUGGAGUUCCUUUGUACUUGAACUCCUUGGGUUAACGAAAUGCACUGUGCUUUCCCUCACCCGGGCCUUCCCGGGGCACUGUUUCACAACCUCUUUGUCUAUACGAGCUCCGUGUAUCCCUGCCAGCUCAGCUCGCACUUGACCUUCAGAGAGCUGCUCCUGAGCCUGGAUCGGGUGCCCCCGAUAGCUUGAGCACGCUGUUCUCACAACACUGCCUCGGCCGUGUGUUAAUUUCCUGCUUACCGGACACUAUUGCCCACUAGCCUGGCUACGAGCUCCUUGAGUACGGGUACCACGUGGUGUUAGCUUUUAUAUGCCCAGCACCGAGUAAGUGCCUGGCACAUGGUCAGUGCCCUAAACAUUUGUAGAGUGGACGAUGCCAGCCUGUCUGGUCCUUAGUUUCCUCAUCUGUUCAAGGGUUGGGUUGGGUUUGCUGACCUCUGGGGAGAGUCUCAGUAAUAAAAUGUAUUAUUCUAGAUUCUUCUUCUAUCGUGUUUCAUCUGGCUAUCAUCUGUUAGUAGGAGAAACGUGUGACAUCUAUAACAUGCUGAAAACAAUCUGUACUACAGUUUAUUUCAAUAAACAGAUUUAAUCGCA